AUGGAGUUGAGGGUGGGGAACAAGUACCGCCUCGGGAGGAAGAUAGGAAGCGGAUCCUUCGGAGAUAUUUACCUCGGUUCCAACAUCGCUACUGGAGAGGAAGUGGCAAUCAAACUGGAAUGUGUGAAGACCAAACAUCCACAGCUCCACAUUGAGAGCAAGUUCUACAAGAUGAUGCAGGGCGGAGUGGGAAUCCCGUCCAUUAAGUGGUGCGGAGCCGAAGGCGACUACAACGUCAUGGUCAUGGAGCUGCUCGGCCCGAGCCUGGAGGACCUGUUCAACUUCUGCUCCCGCAAGUUCAGUCUGAAGACAGUGCUGCUGCUGGCCGACCAGAUGAUCAGUAGGAUUGAAUACAUCCACUCCAAGAACUUCAUCCACAGAGACGUGAAGCCCGAUAACUUCCUGAUGGGGCUCGGCAAGAAGGGUAACCUUGUCUACAUCAUCGACUUCGGCUUGGCCAAGAAGUACCGCGACGCCCGAACGCACCAACACAUCCCCUACCGCGAGAACAAGAACCUCACCGGCACCGCCCGCUACGCCUCCAUCAACACCCACUUGGGCAUUGAGCAGUCGAGACGAGAUGACCUGGAGUCUCUGGGCUACGUUCUCAUGUAUUUCAACCUGGGCUCUCUGCCCUGGCAGGGGCUCAAGGCUGCCACCAAGAGGCAGAAGUAUGAGCGCAUCAGCGAGAAGAAAAUGUCCACCCCCAUUGAGGUGCUCUGCAAGGGAUACCCCUCUGAGUUCUCAACUUACCUGAAUCUGUGCCGCUCCCUGCGAUUCGACGACAAGCCAGACUACUCCUACCUGAGGCAGCUCUUCAGGAACCUCUUCCACCGACAGGGCUUCUCCUACGACUACGUCUUUGACUGGAACAUGCUGAAGUUUGGGGCCAGCCGGACUGCAGAGGAUGGAGAGAGGGAGAGGAGGGAGGGAAAAGAGGGGGAGGAGCGAGCAGGAGGAGGCCAGAGAGGAGCUGGAGGGCGAGCUCUGCCAUCUGGUCCGAACCCGUCGGCGGCGAACAGGGUCCGGAACGAGACAGACGCUGCUGCUCCGUCCAAUCCGGCGACGCGUGUCGUGCAGCAGUCUGGUAACCGCUCGCCUCAGGCGGGGAGAGCAGAACGAGCCGAGCGAGAGAGGAAGGUGGCCAUGAGGCUCCACCGCGGGGCCCCGGCCAACGUCUCCUCCUCUGACCUCACUGCACGCCUCGACCAAUCACGCAUCACUGCAUCGCAGGUCAGUGUGCCAUUUGAACAUCUGGCAAAGUGAGUUCAUCCUGGCUGGUCUGCAGGUCAGCGGCAGCAGCUGCAGGGUAUCAAAUGUACCCCUUACUUUUCAAACGGAUGAAUGAAACAUGAAUGAGUGGAGGAGCAAGAGGAGGAGGAGGCGUUACAGGGACGAGGACGACCCGUGUGUGUGUCAGUGCUGUUUGAGCGUGCCAGCAAUACGCUGACAUGACGAUGACUCUUGGCUGGAACUGCUUCUUUGUGGUGCGGCUGGAGGAAAAGACGGGAUGAAACCACACACAGGUCCCCCCUCUUCUUCACUCACAUUCACCUGCCCAUCGACUCAGAGGCUCAAACUGCAAAAACUAAAAAGAAACAUCAAAGUGCACAAAACGGACAAAAUUUCAAAUAUUCUGUGGUUUACAUGAAAAAAAUUGAAAUCUACUAUCAACCUGCUAAUGUUUGAGAGCGACAUCUGCUGCUUGCGGUGACUAUUCUUGACUAUUAAUGAAUAUAUACACAACUACGGAGAGGAAAACAAACAUAAAGUGUAUUUAGGCCUUUAAAUGACAAGAGAAUGCUUAAAACAUGGACGCAGGAGAAGAUGAGACGGAGGGGACAACUGAAUCUGGAGCAAGGCUGCUUUUCGUCAGUGAAUGUCGCUGUCUGUCUGUGUCUGUGUGUUAUUGUCUUCAGUAUUCAUCUUCAGCUUUCCUUUAAAGAGUCGGAGUAAAGGAGGGACAGUUCAAAGCUUGUCUUAAAGGAGGCGAGACUGACGAGGAACAGAUGAUGUAUGAAUGUAGAAGAAAAAGAGCGAGAAGAGGAAUAAGACGGCUUUGCGUUGAGGACAAGAUGAAGGGAAAGUCUCCAGAUUGUUUGAUGUGACGAAGCCUCAGUUCUGCUUGUAACUCCGGGCGAUGAGAAGACGUUGUUAGAUCUUGGUGCCCAACAUCUCUGGUGUUACAUUUGUAUUUUUCAUUUUACGUUUGCAUUUUUCUUGUUUUAUAAAACCUGUAAAAAUAUGUAGAUACCUUUUGGCAGAAUGUGACAGAUUGUGAAAAGAUGAGGCUGGAGAGAAGAGUACUGUUUACCUCCUGAGAGCCCUGGAGCCAAGUGUGAAACAAUUACCUUUGGAGUCCGCCACAAGUGUGUGUGGGUGUGUCUGUCUGUGUGUGUUUUGGUUUCCAUUGUGGCAAGACAAUGACAGUAAGGUUGUCGUUAACAUUUUGGCCCAGACCUGUCAGGACGGACAGACGUCACCGAGGGGAAAAGGAGCUGACUGAUGUCCUGUACAUUUCUUUACCAUGCUUCAACUUUAUUACUAUGAUA